AUGGCGAUGGGUAGGAUUUUCGGGCUAUUUCUGCCGUCCUUGUCUACAACUUUCGUGCUACUAUUUCCCUUGACAUUUUCCGCAUCAGAUUCCGACGCUUUGUUGAAGCUCAAGAAAUCAUUAAACAAUGCCGGUGCUCUUGAUUCUUGGGUGCCAGGAUCGGCACCUUGCAAUGGUCCCAAAGGACCUUGGAGAGGACUGGUCUGUCAGGGCGGCGUUGUCACGGGUUUGAGUCUUGAUGGGAUGGGAUUAUCGGGAACUAUUGACGUCGAGGCGUUGGUUCAAAUUCAGGGUUUGCGUACUUUCAGUGUCGAAAACAAUUCUUUCGCUAACACCAUUCCCGGAUUCAAUCGUUUGGGUGCCUUGAAAGUGCUAUCCUUGUCGAGGAAUUGGUUUUCGGGUGAGAUUCCAUCCGACUAUUUUGCGAAAAUGGGAUCUCUGAAGAAAGUUCGGUUAUCGUACAACAAGUUUACUGGGAAAAUUCCAGAUUCAUUAGCUCAUUUAUCUAAUAUCGUUGGCUUACAUCUCCAACGCAAUCAAUUUAGCGGACGUAUUCCGUCUUUUGAUUGCCCAAAUUUGAACUCUCUCAAUGUAUCAAACAAUCGACUCGAAGGCGAGAUUCCCUCCAGUCUGUCGAAAUUUCCUGCUAGUUCAUUCGCAGGAAAUCCAGGUCUAUGCGGAAAACAGGUUGGCGUCCAGUGUUCCUCGACUCUAAACAAAACUUCCACAAAUAUUAUUUCUGCAAUGGUCGCGCUAGGAGUCAUUAUUCUACUUUCGGUGAUUGUAUUCUUUGCAAUUCGAUGGAGGAAAAAGAAGCAAACGGUUUCAGACGUGCCAGCAAGUGGAAGCUCUAACGAUGCAGUUGAGGUUCCGGUUUCGAUGCUACCUAAAGAAGAAGGAAGCAUCAAGAGUGCAGGCUUGGACAGUAACGUUUCCAGUCCUGGAAAGGCCAGUGUAGCCGAAUUAGUCAUGGUGGACGAUGAAAAGGGUGUUUUCGGGAUGCCGGAUUUGAUGAAAGGAUCGGCGGAAGCACUCGGAAAUGGACCGUUGGGGUCUUCUUAUUAUGUUAGGAUGGCCAAUGGAGUGGAGGUGGUGGCGAAAAGUAUCAAGCAAAUGAAUGCAUUAGGGAGGGAUGCAUUCGAUGCCGAGGUUAAAAAGCUCGGAAAACUACAACACCCCAACGUUUUGACACCUUUUGCUUACCAUUACCGUAAAGAAGAAAAGCUCUUCGUGUACGAGUACCUUCCUAGAGGCAGUUUGCUUCACUAUUUGCAUGGUGAUGGUGGCAAAUACGGUUGUGACCUUGAAUUGCUGACCAGAGUGAAGAUUGUGCGAGGAAUAGCCGACGGACUCGAGUAUCUUCACAACGAAUUUGCUUCACGAGACGUGCCUCACGGUAAUUUGAAAUUAAGCAAUGUUCUACUCGGUCCCGAUAAUCGUCCGUUGCUGUCGGACUAUGGAUAUCACCCGUUACUUAACGUCGACAGUUUAGAUCGCUUGUUUGCUUAUAAAACUCCGGAAGCCAUACAAAAGCAAGCAGUGUCGUUUAAAACUGAUGUAUAUUGCCUGGGAAUCAUCAUUCUUGAGAUGAUUACAACGGAACAUCCUUCACAACAUGUUAACGAUGGAAAUGGCGGGAGCGAUAUAGUCCAGUGGGUGGCAUCUGCGUUUUCCGAAGGGAUACAAACUGAAUUGCUUGAUACGAAUAUCAAGGGCUGCCGGAAUUCAGUUCGUUGCAUGGAGAAGCUCCUUCAUGUAGGCGCACUUUGCACUAAAACUAGUCCCGAGGAGCGAUUAGACAUUAAAGAAGCUAUUAGACUGAUAGACGAGAUAAUGAUAGAAUUAAAACAAUAUGGUAUAAUCUAG